ACUUCUGAGGUUAACGCGCGUGCGCAAAGAAGCACCACCACACCACAUUCCCCGCUUCUCCUCCUCGCAGAGAAGCAUCCAGGAGCAAGCCUAAUGAUUUAUGCGUUCUCCAUGAUUGUGUGAAUAAAUAUACGUGUAUUUCUCUUUCCAGUCUUUACGAGGAGUACACAUCUGACCGCGAAGCUGCUUUAAAUCCCCGGUCGUGCUCAAUAGAUGCUCAUUUCCUCACCAUGGCAACAGAAGAUAAGAAACCAGAGACUGACACAAAACCUCCAGUUGUACCAUCAGCUUCUGCCAGUCAAAGCAAGUCUGCACCUGCCAAGCCAAACUAUAGCCUGAAAUUCACAUUAGCGGGCCACACUAAAGCUGUCUCCUCCGUCAAAUUCAGUCCGAGCGGAGAAUGGCUCGCCAGCUCAUCUGCUGAUAAACUCAUCAAAAUCUGGGGAGCUUAUGACGGCAAGUUUGAGAAAACCAUAUCGGGACACAAACUUGGUAUAUCAGACGUGGCCUGGUCCUCUGACUCCAACCUCCUGGUGUCUGCAUCUGAUGACAAAACCCUGAAGAUCUGGGACGUCAGCUCGGGCAAAUGCUUAAAAACUCUAAAAGGUCACAGCAACUACGUCUUCUGCUGCAACUUCAACCCCCAGUCCAAUCUUAUCGUGUCGGGAUCGUUUGAUGAGAGCGUAAGGAUAUGGGAUGUGAAGACCGGGAAAUGUUUGAAAACAUUGCCAGCUCAUUCUGACCCAGUCUCGGCUGUUCAUUUCAACAGAGACGGCUCCCUGAUCGUGUCCAGUAGCUAUGACGGCCUUUGCCGAAUCUGGGACACAGCAUCGGGGCAGUGUUUAAAGACGCUCAUAGGCAUCAUAAAAUGUGUGAAGAAGUCGCUGUGCGCUGACGGUGCUCCUGUUGUUGUCGUCCUGUUAGAUGAUGACAACCCUCCUGUUUCAUUUGUGAAGUUUUCCCCCAACGGGAAAUACAUCCUGGCUGCUACACUGGAUAACACGCUGAAGCUGUGGGACUACAGCAAAGGAAAGUGCUUGAAAACGUACACCGGCCAUAAAAAUGAGAAGUACUGCAUAUUUGCAAAUUUCUCUGUCACCGGUGGAAAGUGGAUUGUGUCGGGCUCCGAGGACAACAUGGUUUAUAUCUGGAACCUGCAGACGAAGGAGAUUGUGCAGAAGCUCCAGGGCCACACAGACGUCGUCAUUUCGACUGCCUGCCACCCGACAGAGAACAUCAUCGCAUCUGCGGCUUUAGAAAACGACAAAACCAUCAAGCUAUGGAAAAGCGACUGCUAAGCCCUUUAAGAUCUUUUGGGCCAUUCAUAUUUUUUUUUUUUUUUUUUCUCCCCUACAUUUUGUUGUAAGAAAAGAGGACUUGUUUUCUAACAGAGAGCUCCUGCGGGACGCAGAGGGCUUUCAGGAAAUGAAAUUCAGCAAGGAGAACCAAAUGAGACCCAUCAGCCACACCCAGUAUCAGCCGAAAACUGCGCCAGCUCUGCAGUGGACGUGUUCCCUCUUCUCACAUCUGAGAUAUUCCACCUGUCUGUUAACGUGCCAGACUUUGUCAUCUCCACAGGGGAGUUGGUGACUUUUGUUAUACUUUGUUGAUACUCAGUUCUGGUGCUUCAGUAUUUUUGACACUGCAUUAACCCUGUCACUGCUUCAUACCAACUCCCACACAUGCAUUUCUGGUCUUGUACAAUAAAUGUAAUGGUUAUUUGGCCUUUCUAUGAUUUUUCUUUUGCCUUUUUAAUUUGUCUGUAUAAUUGUGUAGUACCGUCUAAAUGACUUCAAGGUGGAGAGGUGACUGACAUCUUACAAAAAAAAAAGAUAUCUAAGGAUCCAUUUGCCUGUUGGUUUUUCAAGUGGCACCACUAUUAGUGUUUUUUUUCCCCUUAAUAUCAAAUGCCAGAUCUCAUGUAAGUGCUGUGUGCCAUAACAAGAUAUAUUUUCCAAUUUUGUAAGUUCUGUGCAGAUUAUUAGGGCAACAAACCAGUAUUUGAAGUUAGUGUCGGGAAGUAAAAACAUGAACAAAGUAAAAAAUGCCUCAAGAAAAUGUGAUGCAUGAUGUCACAGAUAAUAGUCUGACAGUUACAAAAAAUCUAACUGAAAUUUAUUUUAGUCCUAUUGGAGUACUGAAUUAAGUCCCCCGCCUGUUUAAAAAAUGUCUAAUUUUAACAUUUUACAGUUUGAUAGUUACCAAAUACAGUUCUGUGUUCUCGGAUUUGUACAUAUUACAUUGACCUGUAUUGUGAUUUGAUUAUUUUAACUCUGUUUUUUAUGUUCUCUGCUUGAUUAGCAUCUGUUCUCUGUAGUUGACCUGGAUUUUGUGGAAUGUUUGCAUUCGACAACUAUAACCUGCGACUCAAUAAAACCAGUUUUUGUAUGUUUCA